AUGAAGGACUUCAGCUCGGAAGUGCGCGCCUCCAUGGACGUGUCACACUUCAUCAAGCAGGCCCAGCUGCUGCUGGACGUGACGGAGACGUCGCUGGAGGGUGUGGUCGACCGCAUGUUGACGGCGCUGCUGGAGAAGGAGCCCCUCACCACACGCGAGGAGGCCAAGGGGGUGCUCUUCGUCAAAGACUCAGUGACCCAGCUGGCCAAGACGAUCCAGGGCACAUGCAGCAGUCCCGACCGCCACACGGACUCCAGCGACUACGACCAGUCCUGGACGGCUACCAUGUGCCACCUGCCGGCCCUCCAGCGCCGCCACGUGGCCAUAGCCCGGUUGAAGCACCCGGCCAACUUCGGACGCACGGCAAAGCACGUCAAGCUGUUCGUGCUCAUCCUGGUGCCCAGCAAGGAGAAAGGCACGAAAAACGCACUGGAGACGGCCCGUACGUUCGCCACCAUCAUCGCCGACAUGGACUUCCGCCAGCGGCUGAUGGAGGCGCACACAGAGGAGGAGUUUAUGCAGCUCAUCGUCAAGCACACCCAGAUGAUGGCCAUAGAAGACGGAGACACCAAAGUGCAUGCCGUCAACCUUGAUGAAGAGCCGCUGGAAGAUGAAAAGUGCUGCACCGUGGGCACCGGCCUCUCCGCCGACCUCAAGCGAAGGGCCUCGUUCUAUAUCCAGGACUAUGUUGACGGCUUUGUUGGGAACAAGACGCUGCAGAAGACCAUAUCGACCACAUUCUUCUUGUAUUUCGCCUACGUGAAGAAGGUGAUCAUCGGUCAGACGCUGGGCGGCUUGUUCUUCUUCGUGUUCGGCGGGCAGCCGUUGAUGGUGCUGCUCACCACUGCGCCGCUCGCCAUCUACAUCAAAAUUAUCAAAAACAUCUGCGACGACUUCGAGCUCGACUUCUUCUCGAUGUACUGCGCCGUCGGCCUCUGGAACUCGUUCUUCAUCAUCCUAUACAGCGUGUUCGACGUGUCGCGGCUGAUGCGCUGGUCAACCCGCUCCACAGAGGAGAUCUUCGCCCUGUUCAUCUCCAUAGCCUUCUGCGUGGACGCCACCCGCGAUACCGUGCACAACUUUCAGAGGAACUACCUGUCUCCGGCGUGUCUGGGUGUCAGUGAGGGGGCCAACGUGACCAACUACGACGUCACCAACGGCACCGUGGUGGUGAUAGACCAGUGCCUGCGAGAGAACAGCAUGCUCUACCUGCUGCUGAUGCUGGGCACGCUCUGGGUCGGCGUCUCCCUCUACAACUUCAACAAGACGCCGUACCUGGAAGCCAACAAGCGGGAGAUGCUAGCCGAUUAUGCCCUGCCUGUGGCAGUCCUUGUUAUGACGUUCAUCGGAUCGUUCCUGUUCAAAGAAGUAAAACCGCCGGUCUCGGCUUUCUGCCUCUCCCUGCUCUUCUUCAUGGACCAGAACAUCUCCAGCGCCAUGGUCAACAACCCCGGCAACAAGUUGAAGAAGGGGCCGGCCUACCACCUGGACCUGAUGGUGGUGGCGCUGCUCAACGGCCUGCUGUCCGUGUUCGGUCUGCCGUGGAUGCACGCGGCCAUCCCGCACUCGCCGCUGCACGUGCGCAGUCUCGCUGACGUCGAGGAGCGCAUCGAACAGGGCCACGUCUACGAAAUCAUCGUCAAGGUGCGCGAGACGCGCGUCACCGGCAUCCUGUCGCACGUGCUGAUCGGCCUGUCGGUGUUCCUGCUGCCGUACCCGCUGUCGUACAUCCCGCCGCCGGUGCUCAGCGGCCUCUUCCUCUACAUGGCCAUCACCGCGCUCAACGGCAACCAGAUGUUCGAGCGCAUCACACUGCUCUUCACUGAGCAGGUGCGGCCGGUGCAAGCGGUUCGUGCGUACCCGCCGAACCACUACAUAUCCGGCGAGUGCCCGCAGCGCAAGAUCCACAUCUUUCACCGGCUGCCAGGUGGUGCAGCUUUGCAUCCUCUGCCAUUCGGCUUCUCGCCCUGGGCUUACAUGAAGACCUUCUUCCCGGUGCUGGCUGCUGCUUCCUGCUACCCAUCAGACACCGUUUGGUCCCGAACGCUGAUUGAAGAGAAGUACCUGGCCGCCAUGGAUACGGAGCACUGA